AUGUUGGGUUUUCAUUUGGGAAAGAGUUUGUAUUGUCUUGUGGUGAAAUCUGGGUUUGGUUCUAAUGUUCUCGUGCAAAAAUGCUUUGAUCCAUAUGAGCAAGCGCUAUUAGAAUGUGGCAAUGAUAUAGACACUGCCAUCAAGAGGCUGGAGGAGCUUUGCUUAGGAGCAGCAGAGGCUAGAGGGGAAAAGACUUGUCCUGUUGAGGAACUGGGCACAACUGCUGAGCAGGGUAUAUUAACUAAUAAUGGAGAAGCUGCUGCUGCUGCUGCUGUGACUAUUCAGAAUCAAUCAGCCUCUGAAAAUAUGCCUGCUGAUGGUGCUGGUGCUGAAUGGGUGGACUUGUUUGUGAGGGAGAUGAUGAGUGCUACAAGUGUGGAUGAUGCCAAAUCCCAUGUCUCUAAGUUGCUUGCAGUUUUGGAGAAUUCCAUAACUAAUAUUCGGCCCUUAAAAAGUUCCUAGCUUUGCCUUGACUUCAUUGUUGAAUGUUGUUCAUAUGAUAAUAAUGGUUCAAUUCGAAAGAUAUUCAAGAAUAAUUGUAAAAAUUCAUUUUUAAUUUAAUUAGUUGAGUGGCUCAUGGUGUAAA